UUUGUGGGCCGGGCUGGACAGACGGGUGGCAAAAGAAGCCCAGGAAACCCACCGUCUCGGCGGCCGGGUGACGGGGAAUCCCUCUGGGAGUUGCGAGGGGAAGCGAAUUGUGGGGAGGGGGCGGCGAUGGAGGAGGGGGUGGAGGGGAGCGGCGGCGGCGGGGGGCUCGGGCGGAAGAUCCCGGCGGGGGAGGUGGAGCUGAAGGAGAAGUCGGGGACGGCGUGGAGCCACUCGUUCCUGAACCAGAAGCCAUGGCACCCGCUCUCGUACCCGAACCAGCGCCGCAAGUGGAUCGCCGAGCAGAUCCACACCAACCGCGCGCGCCGCGACGAGGAGGUGCAGCGCGAGUUCGCGCAGGAGCAGGAGUUCUUCCGCCAGACCGCCCUCUUCUCCAAGAAGGACAAGGAGAAGAUGGAGAUAAUGAAAGCUGUGAGUUUCAUGUAUGUCCGCCCACCUGGAUACAAUCCAGAGAGUGCAAAGGCUGCUGAAAUUCAAGAUGAGAAGAAGAAGCUGGAUCAAGGCGAUGCCACCGAAGAUGCUGUAGCUGCAAAUACCUCUUCAAUGCCUGAUGGCCCAGAGAAGAAAAAGAGUAGGCCGAAAGAUGUGUUUGGCCGUUCAUUGCCAACAGAGCAAGAAUUUGAAGUUCUGAAAAAUGCUCCAAGAUUGGACACAGGUGCUCCUGCUAGACCUAAACCAUUUGGAGUCGAAGUUCGUAAUGUUAGAUGUUUAAGAUGUGGAAACUUCGGCCAUCAGAGUGGUGACCGGGAAUGUCCCAUGAAGGAUAUUAUCAUGCCGAAUGAGGAGAGCCGAUUGAAAAGGGACGAUCCACUUACAGCAAUAAAGGCACAGACUGAUUCGAGUGAGCCUUUGAAGUGGGAGCUUAAGCAAAAGCCUGGCAUGAGCCCUCCUCGAGGUGGAUAUAACCCUGAUGAUCCUAAUCAGCAGAUUGUAGCAGAAGAGAUAUUUGAUGAAUAUGGAGGAUUUCUCGGCGAUAUUGACAUUCCGGCUCUCCUUACCAACUUCUCCACGAGUAAAUCAAAGAAACGCUCCAAGAGUAAAAGCAGGCGCAGGCAGUCUGAGCCUGCUGCUCAUGUAGAAUCUGGAAGACAUCAUAGCAGUCAUCAUUCAUCCUCAGAUUCGGAACCUGAGAAGAGCAACAGGGCGUCAGGAAGCAAGAGAAAGAAAAAAUAUUGUUCUGACCCAUCCUCGUAUUCUGAUUCUGAGGCGGAAGCUGGGAAAGGAAAAGCCAAGCAGAAGUCAAAGCACAGGCACAGGAAGAAACACCUGCUAGAGUCCUCUUCUGAAUCAGAAGUUGAAAUUGACACAAGAAGGCAUCCAAAGAGGGAGCACAGGAAGAAAAAGAAGAAAGAGGAGAUGGAAAUUGCCCCAGUUUCCUCCUCCAGAGAUAAAGGAUAUACAAUAAGCAAGAGGCCUUCGAGGCGAUCGAGGGAGAAGCAACCCUACAGUGACUCGAGUUCUUCUGAGAGCGAGCAGCAGCAUCCAACACGAUGGCAGGACAAGCAAUCCCACAGUGACUCGAGUUCUUCCGAAAGCAAGCGGCAUUCAAGGAGAUCAAGGGAAAAGAGACAUCACAAAAUACCAGAUUUUCCCGUGAGCAAUAGGUCUUCACGGAAAUCGGAUGAGAAGUGGCACUAUACUGAUUCAAGCGCACGUGAAAGCGAUAGACAUUCAAGGAAACCAAGAGAAAAAUCGCGCUACUCUGAUCCAAGUGCUUCUGAGUAUUCAGAUUCUGAUCGGCCUUCACGGAGAUCGAAUGAGAAGCGACACUAUACUGACUUGAGCACACGUGAAAGUGAUAGGCAUUCAAGGAAACCGAGGGGGAAAUCACGCUGCUCUGAUCUAAGUGCUUCUGAGUAUUCAGAUUCUGAUCGGCGUAAUAGUCAUCGCCGUCGUCGAAGAAAAUGAGUAGUGGCGGUUAACAGCAUUCACGUCUCUCCACAGAAGAUAUCAGCAUUGCUGUUUCUGUGGUUGCAUUAGAUAGAUAUGUAGUAUUUUGUUCCCAGAGAGUUCUUAAGGUCACUAGGGUCCAUCAGGUAAAUUCAGCUGCUAUCUCUGGAUCACUAUCAGCUGCUCUGCAAUGUGAUAAUAAUUUCACUGUGUGACUUGAGUUGCGUCAUCCUGGGGGAAAUUGGUGUGCAUUUUGUUGUAUGUGUUAUUGUAUCUUGUAGACGUUUGAAACAUUUGGAACUUUUUGUGUUCCUGUGGCCCGUGGGGAACGAAUUCUUGCGAAA